UAUGUUAAGGCAUUUAAUCAAAAACAAUUUUUCAAAACUUUCUAAAGGUCUUAUAUUCGAAAAUAAAAAAGGGAGCAAAUUAUUAUUCUCCAAAACUAUUCCUGAAAAAGACAUGCUGAAAAAAGCAAAGAAUCCUGAUUAGUUUUUAAAAAUUGAAACGAGAUUAUAGCUCUUAUUUGAUUAAUAUAAAACAGAAAAAGUAUUGUAAUACGAUUUAUUAAUAUUAAAGCAAUCAAGUAAAUUUCGAUAAUUUUCUUUAAAUUAAAGAAGAAUUUCUAAAGUAAGAUUUUGAAAAAAAUAUAUUUUUCUCAUUUGUCAACACAAAAUUCUAAAAAGAAAAUCACCCUAAAUAUUUUUAUUUUUAAUGUUAAAUGAUUAAUGAAUUUUUAGAACGUUAUGAUAAAGAAAUAACAGAAAAAGAGAUUUAUGCACUAUUAAAUGCUAUAUAAAAUGGAUUAUUUUAUGUUGAGGAUUAAUAUUUUUUAAAAAUAAAAAAAGUAAUUUUUACAGUAGAAGAGGAAUAAUUUAUAUUAGAUAUCUAUAAUAAAUUAUGUGGAAAAUUAAGCAUAAAUUUAUCAAAUGAUAAAUAAAUUAAAGCUCUUUGUUAAUUAAUGAAAUAUAUCAAGAGAUAUAGUACUUCUAUAUUAGAUUAGAUAAAUUAACAAUUAUUAGCUUCCAUAGAUAAAUAAAUUAGUUUAGAAUAAAAAUUAUAUUACACUUUGUUUUUAGUAAAAGCAGGAAUCAAUUAUUUUCCUUAAAUAAUUUAUUAAGUAAAUUUUUUUAAUUAAUUUAGUUAAGAGAUGAGGUUCUUGAAAAUGAGAAAAUUUUAAAUUUACCAAGUUCAACUUUAUUUGAAUUAUUUGAAAUUUUUGGCAGAUGUAGUAGAGUAACACUAUGUUCAUCAGCAACUUAUAAAUUAUUUACAACAAUAAUCUAAACAAAAAAUUAUUCAUAAUUAACUUUAACUUAAUAAGUACUUUUACUUUAUUAUGGAUCUAAAACAUUAACUAUCCAACAUAGUACAUUAAAACCUCUAAUUGAAUAAAAAUUAUCUGAAUUAGAUUCAUUAAAAGGAAUAAAUUUUAAAAUAUUUCUAUUGACUUUAUACAAUACUAAUUACAAAAGUUUGGGUUCUCUAAAAAAUUUAGAGAAAAUAAAAAUAAGAUUCUCAGAGAUUGAAUAAACAGCUCGUUUUUCAAAAGAGGAAUUAAAAUUUUUUAAUGAUUUAAUGUAUUGUUUAUGA